AUGCGCAAGCACACGUUUCUUGGCGUCCUGAUAAUGUUCGCUUCGCAGAACGCGAAUUCAAAACUUUCUUAUUUCUCCAAUUUUUUUUUUUUUUUCUGCCUGUUCAUUUUCACUAAUUAUUCUCUCCUUCUUUUAUGCCUCUUUCUUCUUCCUCUGUUUUUCAACCUUUUCUUUUCUCUUUCUUUAUCUUUCACUACUUUUCUUUUCUCCAUUUCUUCCCGCUAUCUCCCCCCCUCCUUCAGUGUGUGUCUUAUUUUUCUCUGUCUUCAUCUCUCUCUUUCUACUUUCUAUUUGAAUUUCUAUAGGCUCUCCUUUUUUUCCCCCCUUCUGGACCUCUCUCACCUUUAUUGCCUUCCACAAAGGCCGCUUCUUGGACUUGACUUUUUUCUCUCUAAUCGACAUACAUUAUCUAUCUAUCUAUCUAUCUAUCUAUCUAUUUUUUCUUUCUUUCUUUCUUAA